AUGGCAUCAUCAAGAGCUAUAAUCAACUCAAUUCUUGCUCUUAGGAUUUUAAUUCUAUUGUUAUGUGCUGCUUCCCUUGCGAUAAUAGUUAUUACUAUGCUCCGUGGAAGCAUCAAAUCCGAAUUUCGUGGUAUCAAGAGCUAUAGGUAUGUGGUAGCUGCCGCAUCAGGUGGAAUUUUAUACUCAUUGAUUCAGCUGCCUUUCGCAAUGUAUUAUGCCAUCAAAGAGAAGAGAUUGAUUAGAGGCAAAUUUCUCCCAACGUUUGACUUCUAUGGAGAUAAGGUGAUAGCAUUUUUGCUGGCAAGUGGUGUUGGUUUGGGGUUUGGGGUGAGCUUUGAAUUCAAAGAUAUAAAAAGUGGAGAAACCAUAGAAAGGGGGUACAUUGCAAGUGGUCUGUUGAUGGGUGGAUUUAUAACAAUGGCUUUACUCACCAUUCUUACUUCCAUGAACCGCAAAGGAAGAAGAUUUUAGCUUGCUAGGCUUCACAAAUAAAAACUCGAUGGUGUGUCAUAUGUCUUUUUGUUCAUCCUAUUAUAUAUUUUUU